UGGCAUACUAGGAUAUGUUUAGCUUAUUUCGGCAGCAGAGGCGCUGACAUUCAUCUUUGAACAAGGACGGAGCAGCGUUUAUAACCUACAAUUUAUUUCCCUCCGAUUUGAAUUUCUGCUGUUCGCAAACAUCUUCAAAACAUCAACAUGACAAAUCUUGAAGAUAAUAACGAAAAUUUGGAACAAUUAGGAACUGAAGAAGCAGGACCAUCUUCAGAAAACAAAGAGAAUAAAACACCAGAAAAAGUAAGACUAGUAAAGUUACCUUUAGCUACUGUUAAACGUAUUAUGAAGGCUGAUCCUGAUGUUCAUCUUAUUACACAAGAUGCAGUAUUCCUAACUACAAAGGCAACUGAAUUUUUCAUUGAGAUGUUGGGCAAGGCAACCUUUGAGUGCACCUUGCAAGCCAAAAAGAAGACUCUGAUGAAACAAGACUUUGAAAAAGUAAUGAAGACUGCUUCUAACUUAUGUUUCCUGGAUGGCAUGAUGGAUUAAAUCCCACAUUGUUGAAUGAAUUUGUAAAAUAGCAAGGUUAAUAUUUAAGUAAAAAAAGUAAAUUAUUUGCUGCUCUGUAUAUUUGAUUGUAUUUGGAAGUUUGUAGGCUUAUAGUUAAUGAAAUCGUUCGUAAAAUACACUUAUGUCUGCUGUGUAA